UUCUUGGUCAUUCUUUCAUCAGCCAAAUUUUAAGAGAGACGCGUUGUUAUCCGCUUGGUUAAUUGUGCCGCCAUUUUGAUUCUCACUAAUAGUCUUAUAAAUUAAGAAUUUACUGUGAAUUUAUAGCACGAAAACCAUCAAACUGACUGAAGAUGAGUUACGGAAGGCCUCCGCCACGUAUAGAUGGCAUGGUUUCACUGAAAGUGGAUAAUCUAACAUAUCGUACGACGCCUGACGAUUUGCGUCGAGUUUUUGAGAGGUGUGGUGAUGUCGGCGACAUAUACAUCCCACGAGACCGGUAUACCAGAGAAAGUAGAGGAUUCGCGUUUGUCAGAUUCUAUGAUCGGCGAGAUGCCGAAGAGGCUUUGGACUCUCUAGAUGGACGGAUGUUGGACGGGAGGGAGCUUCGUGUGCAAAUGGCGCGGUACGGGCGUCCAUCUUCGCCAUACAGAAGCCGAUAUGAUAGACGGCGCAGCAACUCACGUCGUCGGACCAGAUCUCGAUCACGCUCUCGCCGACGUUCCUACUCCCGCAGCCGAUCUCGCUCCAGGUCUCGCAGUCGUAGCCGCUCUGACUCAAAGAGCUCAAGGGGAAGAUCCCGUAGCCGCAGUCAUAGCCGCUCGCGUUCAAGGCAUUGAUGUGUUGUGCUGAAGUACCAACAGGCAAUGAAGUGCUGUGUUCCUUGACUAGAUGAGUCUGCAGCCUCCGGCCAAGGUACUAGAACACUUCUUAACAUUAGAAUCAUAGACUAACUUUUGACAUAAUGGCAGACCUUGCAAGAAACUUCUAGCUUUAAGUUCUUGAUUUAUUGUAAUCGAUCAUAUUUUAAUUAUUUCCGUUUUACUUUGUGUAUUGCUUUGUAUAAACAUAAACAGGAUAUGUAAAAAUUUUAAAACUAAAUACAUUUUUAAGUACAGUUAUAUGAUAGAUAAUUUGUAUACUUGUACAUUUGGGAAAAAUAUCAAUGUGAAGACAACUUUUUAAUAUCUUUGUGUAACUGAAACCAAAAAUGAGAUUCAGAAAUUGUAUAACGUCUAAUUAAUCUACACUUAAUUAUGGCCAUGAGGCCAUAAGGUGUUAUUUCAGGUUUAUGUAAUAAAAGUCAGAAGAUCCAUAUUGUUCAUGCACCAAAUUGGUUAAAUUGGGUAUAUUAUAGGACAACCUCAAGGAGUGGUAAAUAACUCUGUAAAAGUAAUGACUAUUGUUUUUUUUUGUUAUUAGAGUACAAUAGAUGAAGCCCUUCAGAACAAAUUUUCAUUUUGCUAUGUAACUUGUAAUUUAAGAUUAGUUAACUAAGAAUUGUUUUGCUGUCUUGUUUCAUCAUUAAUUUUAAUUUUGUAACAUCGAAAAAUAUUAAUAAAACUGUUGGUAUGCUCAGGGCAUUGGAGUAUGCGGGGAGCGAGGCGGUUUGCGGGGAGGGGGGUUUUGCGGUUUGCUGACAACUGCUGAAUUGCCGUUGUUGCAGAGCAUAAGUUAUGAGUAAACUUUAUAUAUUUAUUGACAAUAUAAAGACCACAGUAAUUGUGUAUAGGUAAAGAUGACACUAAACCCAUAUAUCCAAAGGAUUUUGAAUUUAUGUAUUCAUUCUUAUGUAGUAUCUUGUAUACAAAAACAAAUCAUGAUUAUUUUCAAUUAUAAAAUUGUUAUUCAUAUUAUCUCUAAAAUAAUAUUGCACACAAAAAAAUCAAAACAAUGGCGAUUGUUGUCACAUAGUGGAUUAAUAUAUGGAUUUGUUUGGCAGGCCGGUGCUGCCCGCUGGCCUGUUUGCUGUGGCAGUUUGCUGUGCUGAUUGCUGUGAUUUGCAGAUUCGCGCCUCUAGGUUGCUAUUUCGAUGCAGGACUCCCUCCCUGCUCAGCAAAUAACUAGAAGUACAGAUUUAAUAAAUUUUCUAUCCUUAGGUUUUUGGGGAAACGGUUUUAAAAGCACAAUUCAUUUUAUUUUGUUGUAGUAUCUGAUUGUCUUUGAAAGUGCUAAAACCAUUUCUUUUAAAUUUUUGUGUGUCAAGAAAUAAGGAAGACAUCUGCUGCAUACUCAGAGGACAUGGAGCAUACAAUAUACAAAUAGGUUUAACUCUUAUCUUCUUUAAAUAAAUAAGGAAACAGUAAA